AGCGAGUACAUGCAGAGCUACGCCAGCAAGGUCAGCGAGGGCAUGGCGCUGCAGCUGGGCUGCCUCGAGCUCAGGAGGUUCUACAAGGACAUGCCCCAGAACGCGCUGGACAAGAAAUCCAACUUCGAGUUCCUGGAGAAGGAGGUGGGGCUGGACCUCUUCUUCCCCAGCCAGAUGCUGGAGAACCUCAAGCCACGGCAGCUGCGGAAGAUGAUCCAGCAGACGUUCCAGCAGUAUGCGCUGCUGCGGGAGGAGGAGUGCAUCCUGAAAUUCCUGCACACCCUGAGCACCUUUGCCCCCAUUGACCAGGAGAACUUCCGAUGCCAGCUCGUCCAAGGAUGGAAUAUCACCGUGGACCUGGUGAUCGGCCCCAAGGGCAUCCGCCAGGUGACCAGCACGGACACCAAGCCCACCUGCCUGGCAGAAUUCCGGGAUAUCAAAUCCAUCCGGUGCUCCACCACAGAGGACGGGCAGGCCCUGCUGCAGCUGGGGCUGAGCGGGACCCCCCAGUCGCUGUCGAUCCGGACGUCGUCGCUGGCCGAGGCGGAGAACAUGGCCGACCUCAUCGACGGGUACUGCCGGCUCCAGGGGGGCACCGAGACGUCGCUCAUCGCCUUCCCCAGGAAAGACCGUGAGAAGAGGAUCAGCCUCCCGCAGAUCCCGGCCCCGAAUCUCGGCGAGAGGUUCUCCACGCUGUCCCACAGCGUCAGCGGCGAUUCGGAAAUCUACGCGGAAAUCCUGGACGAGUCCUCGCGGCCGAGAUCUGGAAUCCAGCACUUCGGGAUCAGCCGCGACGCCGUCACGCUGGGCCGGAUCCUGGGCGAAGGCUUCUUCGGAGAGGUCUACGAGGGCACCUACACCACCCCGAAGGGGGAGAAGAUCGAGGUGGCCGUGAAGACCUGCAAGAAGGACUGCAGCCCCGAGAACCGCGAGAAGUUCCUCAGCGAAGCCGUGCUGAUGAAGAAGCUGGACCACCCGCACAUCGUGAAGCUCAUCGGCAUCGCCGAGGACGAGCCCACCUGGAUCAUCAUGGAGCUCUACCCCUACGGAGAGCUGGGUCGGUACCUGGAGCAGAACCGGGCGGUCGUGGCCGUGCCCACGCUGGUGCUGUUCGCGCUGCAGCUCUGCAAGGCCCUGGCCUACCUGGAGGCCCUCAGCUGCGUCCACAGGGACAUCGCCGUGCGGAACAUCCUGGUGGCCUCCCCGGAGUGCGUCAAGCUCGGCGACUUCGGCCUCUCGCGCUACAUCGAGGAUGAGGAGUACUACAAAGCCUCCAUCUCCCGCCUCCCCAUCAAGUGGAUGGCGCCGGAGUCCAUCAACUUCCGGCGCUUCACCACGGCCAGCGACGUCUGGAUGUUCGCCGUGUGCGUGUGGGAGAUGCUGAGCUUCGGCAAGCAGCCGUUCUUCUGGCUGGAGAACAAGGACGUGAUCGCCGUGCUGGAGCGGGGCGACCGCCUGCCCAAGCCCGAGCCGUGCCCGCCCGUGCUCUACACGCUGCUGACGCGCUGCUGGGACUACGACCCCGCCGAGCGGCCGCGCUUCCAGGAGCUCGUCUGCAGCCUCAGCGACAUUUACCUGAUGGAGAAGGAGCUGGCCCAGGAGCAGGAGCGCAGCGGCCGCCACCGCCCGCCCCGGAUCCUGGAGCCGCCGUUCCCGGAGCCGCCGCCCAAGCCCAGCAGGCCCGCGCACAAGGCGCCGCCCCAGAAUAAUCUCCUGGCGCCCAGGCUGCAGUUCCAGGAGGAGGAUUUCCAGCGGCCCUCGAGCCGGGAGGAGGCGCAGCAGCUGCUGGAGCUGGAGCGGCUGCGCGUGGAGCAGGCCAUGGAGAGGCAGCAGAGGGAGAUGCUGGAGGACCAGCGGUGGCUCCAGCAGGAGGUCCAGAGCCUGGAUCCCAAGGUGUUCCUGAACAACAACGUUCCCCCCCUCCUCCCGGAGAAGGAGACGGAUUACACGCAAUUCACGGGGCCGCCCCAGAAGCCUCCGAGACUCGGGGCUCAGUCCCCGCAGCCGACGGCGCGGCUGGACCGCUCGGGGGACGCGGUGUACGGCGGCGUGACGGAGCUGGUGCGCGCCGUGCUGCAGCUCAAGGACGACGUCGCCCGCGCGCCGCCCGACGGACACGUCCUGGCCGUCAAGAACAUCGGGCUGUCCCUGCGGAAGUUGAUCGGCAGCGUGGACGCCGUCCUGCCCGAGCUGCCGCCCUCGUCCCGCGCCGAGAUCGAGGGGACGCAGCGGGGGCUGAACAAGGAGCUGGCGGCGCUGAUCGCGAAGCUGCGGCUGGCGCAGCAGAACCGCGGCUCCUCGCUGGGCGCCGAGUGCCGCCGGCAGAUGCUCGCCGCCGCCCACGCCCUCGCCGUCGACGCCAAGAACCUCCUGGACGCCGUGGACCAGGCCCGGCUCCGCGCCCGACCCCACCCCGAGUGACCGAGGGGAUGGAAAGUUCCGGAAACGGGAGGGAAAUGCGGAUUUUUGCCGUGGUUUAUUCGUUUCUCUGCUCUUCUUCUUCUUCUUCCCGCCAUUCCUUGCCCUCUUCGUGUCUUGCCGAGCGUCGCUCUUUGAAGGACGGAAGGGUCUGGUGGGGUUCUCCUCGGAGAAAUUGGAGGGUUUGGGGUUUUGAAUGGAAAAAUGAAAGUUGUUGGGGUUUCCCUUGGAAAAAUGACAAGUUUUUUGGGAAAAAAAGGGAAGUUUUGGGGGAUUACGUGGAAAAAAUUGAGGUUGUUUGGUUUUUAUUUGGGGAAAAAAAAUGAGGUUCUUGUGGUUUUCCUUGGAAAAAAAAUGUUUUGAGGUUUUAUUUGGAAGACGUGAGCUUUUUUGGGGGAGGUUUUCCUUGGGAAAAAAAGGAGAUUCCUUGGAAAAAGGGAGGUUUGGGGGUUUUUCCAUGGAAAAAAUGGAAGUUUUGGGGGGUUCUGAACGGCGACCGUGGACGCCAAGAACCUCCUGGACGCCGUGGACCAGGCCCGGCUCCGCGCCCGAGCCCACCCCGAGUGACCGAGGGGAUGGAAAGUUCCGGAAACGGGAGGGAAAUGCGGAUUUUUGCCGUGGUUUAUUCGUUUUUCUGCUCUUCUUCUCCUUCUUCCCGCCAUUCCUCGCCCUCUUCGUGUCUUGCCGAGCGUCACGAUUUGGAAGACUGGAGGUGUCUGAUGGGGUUUGAUUUGGAGAAAUGGAAGUUUUGGGGUUUUAUUUGGAAAAAAAUCGAAGUUUGGGUUUUUGUUUGGAAAAAAUGGCGUUUAUGGGGCUUUCCUUGGAAAAAAUGUUUUGGGGUUUCCCUUGGAAAAAAGGGGAGGUUUUGGAUCUUUUCCUUGGAGAACAUGAGGGGUUUUGGGGAUGUCCUUGGAAGAAAGGGAGGUUUUGGGGUUUUCCUUGGAAAAAAAAAAUGAGGUUUUUUGGAGUUUCCCCUUGAGAAAAUUGAUGGUUUUGGUGUUUUUAUUUGGAAAAGAUGGAAGAUUUUUGGGGUUUUUGUGUGGAGAGGAGGCGCCGAUGGGGCAGAUGACACCAAGAACCUCCUGGACGCCGUGGACCAGGCCCGGCUCCGCACCCGACCCCACCUCGAGUGACCGAUGGGAUGGAAAGUUCCGGAAACGGGAGGGAAAUGCGGAUUUUUGCUGUGGUUUAUUCGUUUUUCUGCUCUUCUUCGAGCUCCUCCUCAUCCUCGUGUCUUGCCAAGCGUCGCGAUUUGGAAGACUGGAGGUGUCUGAUGGGGUUUGAUUUGGAGAAAUUGGAGGGUUUGGUGGGGGUUUUGAAUGGAAAAAUGAAAGUUUUUGGGGUUUUCCUUGGAAAAAAAAAGGGAGGUUUUGGAGUUUCUCCUUGAGAAAAUGGAGGUUUUUGCGGUUUUACUUGGAAAAGAAAAUGAGGUUCUUUGAAAAAAGGGAGGUUUUAGGGUUUUUCCAUGGAAAAAAUGGAAGUUUUGGGGGGUUCUGAACGGCGACCGCGGACCUGAAGAGGCGGAAAUCGGGAUGGAAAGUUCCAGAAACGGGAGGGAAAUGCCGAUUCUCGAUGCCGUGGUUUAUUCGUUUUUCUGCUCUUCUUCCCGCUCCUCCUCAUCCUCGUGUCUUGCCGAGCGUCGCUCUUUGAAGGAUGGAAGGGUCUGGUGGGGUUCUCCUCGGAGAUAUUGGAGGGUUUGGUGGGGUUUUGACUGGAAAAAUGAAAGUUUUUGGGGUUUUGCUUGGAAAAAUGAGAAGUUUUGGGGAAAAAAAGGGAGGUUUUGGGGAAUUAUGUGGAAAAAAUUGAAGUUGUUGGGUUUUUAUUUGGGGAAAAAAUGGAAGUUUUCGGGGUUUUCCUUGGAAAAAAAAUGUUUUGAGGUUU